AUGACAUCAAAACUACCAAAAAAUGCUCUUAGCUUAAAACAAUUUCUCCUUCGACAAGAAGUACUAAAGCUUUACAGAGAUAUUUUUCGAACAUUAAGAAAAGUCCCUGAUUCGGUAACACGAGAAGAUUUAAAGGAAUGGGCUAGAACUGACUUUAGAAACAAUAAAUAUCAUAAUGAUGAAGCAUCCAUAAAAUCAAUGUUGUAUUAUGGGAGGAAAUCACUAAGGGAUCUACAAAGAUCCCUCGCCCUUAGUGAAAGCUAG